ACUGCCCUCACAGCGGGGCAAGCUAUAUCUCACGCGCAGCCGCACUGGUCAGGUUUUGGCGCGACCCGGGACAGCAACGCCGUGACAACGGCUGUAGAUAACCACAUACGUAUCAGCCUCGUAAAUAAACACAUUCUCAAGUGUCGUCACCGCACUCUUGGGGACAGCUCGAGAGCCAGGGCAGUCCCCAACUAAUCAAAAGCUCCUCACACCGCGGCGGCGGUUCACGGAGCCACACGACGCGCUCGGACAGCUGUAUCGUGUAGGCGUCUGACGGCACGUGGCAGGUUCUCUCCCAGAGCUGCGGUGGGGGGAUGGGCCCCGCUUGGCAUCGGAGCGGGCGCACGGAGGCCGCUUCUGCCGCCGGCGCGCGACUUCAUCACCAGUCCGCUCACGCGCUCCGCCGGGUUAGCGCGUAAACACGCGGCACGAGACUGACCGGCACUUGUGGUUGCUUCAUCGACUGCAUAUAGCUUGCACGAGUUUGUUGGAGUUAACAGGACCGGCUGGGACGUGCGCCGGAGCGACGUGAGAAGACGCUGCGAUCGUGCGCCACCUGACAGCGAAGCGGUCAAAUAAGUCACCAACACGAGCAUCAUCCAGGAAGGUCGAAGCGGAAAGGGCACGAUCCGUGUUUUACCGGGUUGGCGUCGUGGGCUUUUUGACACGUAAUAACUUCCAUUCGCUGAGAGUGCACUAUAAGGUCCAGCGAAAGCGACGGACGGCGAUCUGGGCGACUCCGACGGCCUGCAGCGCAGCGGCAGUGAGCGCGCGACCUCCACAACGAAGUGGAGGGUGGGGAGCGUCAAACGGCGGGACCAGAUUACGCGGUCUAGAAGGAAAGCGGCUCGUGUGACAGUUCACGAUUGGUGUUGCUUGUUUUUUGCCCGCCCCGAAGAGCCGGGCGCGUCGCGCGUGGCGUUCUCCAUGUGCGUGAUAGCGGGCCCAUCGUGCGGCGGCUUUAAAAGCUCAGCCCAGCGAUGCGCCGCCUCGCGCUGCCAGUGCUGGUCCUGAGCGCUGUCCUGUGUUGCGCCGUGUCGGCGCCCCGCCGGCCGGCCAACCCGGCGUCGGCUAGGGCCGCGCGCCACCAGGAGUUCGUGUGGAGGGUGGCCGCCUGCCGCUUUCCGCAGCCGCGCGUCCAGUGCCUCAAGGAGCUGCAGCCCAACGACACCAGGAAGUUCUUGCCCCACUGCACCAUCCUGCACCGGUGCGCGCCGGACACGGGCUGCUGCGCUUCCGAGGAGCAGCAUUGCCAGGUGAAGACGGUGCAGGCGGUGCAGUUGCCCUUCCUGGUGCUGCACCUGGACGCCAGCGGCGGUCCGUCGCACUACGAGCCCCUCACGCUCGUCUUCGACAACCACACCGAGUGCGAGUGCCGCCUUCGCAACGAGCCCAUCCGCUGAGCCGGUGCGCUGUGCUGUCCAGUCACCCGGCCCGCCGCGGGGCCGAGCAGCGGCGAUGCGCGGGACGGCAGCAGCCCCGUCCUUUACCCGAGAUCGGACACUCGAUGGCCUCUGGGCUGGGUGCGGGGGGCUGCCCUGACCGCGAUGUCUCCUUCUGCUGCGUCCGCAUCAUGUGCCGCCCUCGUCGGAGCGUUGCUGCCGCCUCUCGCUUCUCUCCCCAAGGCUCGCUCGGCGGUGUACGCGCCGGCAGCAGUGAGAGUGCCACGUUUGGGCGGGGGUCAGAGACGGGCCUUUUGCCGGUGCGACCCUCGGGAGUUGUGCGGUGCAUCGCGAACGAAGGCCGCGGAAAGGGAACAGUGUCGUUUCCGUUCAUUGCAUGCUCCGGUGCUUUUGAGUCAGGUGAAAGGACGGACACUGCGUGCAGAAACUUUGUACAGAGAUCAUGGUUCAUUCUGUUCAGUAUUGUGAUGUCGGCUCAUGAAGAUUAAACGUUCUACAUUUCA